AUGUCUGGCAAGACUAGCGGCAAGGCCAAGUCCGGUGGCAAGGCGUCUGGCGCUGAGGCGAGCGGCAAGUCGCAAUCGCGCUCGUCCAAGGCGGGUCUCCAGUUCCCCGUCGGUCGUGUCCACCGUCUCUUGAAGCGCGGCAACUACGCACAGCGUGUCGGUGCUGGUGCACCUGUCUACCUCGCCGCCGUCCUCGAGUACCUCGCUGCCGAGAUUCUCGAGCUUGCCGGUAACGCUGCACGCGACAACAAGAAGCAGCGUAUUGUUCCCCGCCACUUGCAGCUUGCCAUCCGUAACGAUGAGGAGUUGAACAAGCUCCUUGGCGACGUCGUCAUCUCCCAGGGUGGUGUUGUGCCAUUCAUCAACCCCGAGCUCCUGCCCAGCAAAACCGCAAAGGGCAAGAAGGAGAGCCAGGAGGUUUAA